AUGAGACUCCCGACUGUCCUGACCUUGUUCGCUGGCUCCGUGGCCUCCGGCUACGUGUAUGAGCGGCUGGAAAAGAAUGACACACUUUUCCUCAUCCUCGACCUGCAGGUCGGCCUGUUCAAUCUGGCAAGAGAUUCAGACGCCACGCUUUACCGUGACGCAAUCGGUAAGAACCCGCUCGAGCCCUCGCCAGUGAUGGCCCAUGGUGAACUGGCCAAGGUAUUCGACGUGCCAGUUGUCAUGACGACCUCGGCCGAGACGGGCCCCAACGGCCCCCUGCCGGGCGAGUUUCUUGACAUGUUUCCCAACGCUCCCCUUAUCCAGCGCCCCGGGCAGGUGAACGCGUGGGACAACGCAGACUUCCAGGCGGCGGUGCGGGCGGCGGGAAAGAAACAGAUCGUGAUGGCGGGGAUCACGACGGACGUCUGCACGACGUUCCUUGCCCUGUCACUGAGGGAAGCCGGCUACAGCGUCUUCGUCAACGUCGAGGCGUCGGGCACCACGACGGAGCUCAUCCGAGACGCCAGCAACGACCGGAUGAAGGACGCCGGUGUCCAGAUCCUGUCGCUUUUCGCCAUCAUGUGCGAGCUGAUGCGCGACUGGCGAAACACGCCGGGGGCUGUAGAGCUCUUCCCCUUCCUCGACAAGUACUACCCCGCCUACGGGAUGCUGAUCCGUGGGCACCGGGCGGCCAAGCUCAACGGCACCAUCGGGCCAGGGGAAAAUCUCGUGGCUUAG